GAGGUCCCGGCGCUCGCUUAGGCCCUCCCUCCGUCCCUCCUUCCCUUCCUUCCUCGGAGGCCGGGCCCGGAAGAGGAGGGCCCGGCGCUGGAAAGGAGCCGGCCGCGUCCCGCGUGGAGGCCGCGAGAGGAAGAGGAAGUAAUUAACCAACAAAUUCUUGCUGAAAGAUAGAAGAGUCUACAGAGAUUCCCCUUGAACUAUUGCCAGCGUGGAGCAUUAUCAGCAUUUUUCAAGACCUUCUGUUAAAUAGUAUUGAAAGAUGUCUAUUUGUCAUCUCUUGUUUGUCAACAUUGUUUAGAGGCAAGUUCUUUACGCGCCACUGCUGCCACUGCCUGUUCAGCUUGUAAAGCACGCUGUGAUGGCUGUAUCCCGAAAUUUAAUUCAAAAGAUGCCUUACGGCAAAAUGGUUUCGCGAUGGAGACUUCAAGGAAUAAUAACUUCCAGUUUUAGCCAUAUGUGGUGUCGAAGUAUAGUUUCAGAUUUUUCGGCCAGCAUUUCUACUCCAAACACAAUGGAGGUACUUGGCAAAUCCUAUGUUCUGGAUGACUUCAGCAACACGACAAAGAAGAUUAUUUCCAAAGUGGGGAAGAACCUACACAACCAAAGGCAUCACCCUUUGUGGCUGAUCAAAGAGCGUGUGAAAGAUCAUUUCUACAAGCAAUAUAUUGGACGUUUUGGAACACCUCUGUUUUCAGUAUAUGAUGAUUUUCCUCCAGUGGUCACAGUAGAGCAGAACUUUGAUAGCCUGCUCAUUCCAAAAGACCACCCCAGUCGGCUUAAAGGAGAUAACUACUACAUAAAUCGCUUUCACAUGCUAAGAUCUCACACAUCUGCUCACCAGUGGGACUUGAUACACUCCGGACUUGAUGCCUUUUUGGUAGCAGGAGAUGUUUACCGUUGUGAUCAGAUUGAUAAAACUCACUACCCAGUCUUCCACCAGUUGGAAGGAGUCCGGCUCUUCUCAGACCAUGAGCUGUUCAACAAUGUAAGGGGUGGAGAAGGUUUUUGCUUGUUUGAACAAGGCCUCCGUACUUCACAGAAACAAGAGAUACACACCAUGGAGGCAGUCAAGCUUGUGGAACAUAGCUUGAAAAGGACGCUGACAAAACUGGUGGCCCAUCUCUUUGGUGAUGAGCUUGAGAUUCGAUGGGUGGACUGCUACUUUCCAUUUACGCACCCUUCUUUCGAGAUGGAAAUCAACUACCAAGGCAAAUGGUUGGAGGUCUUGGGUUGUGGAGUCAUGGAACAGCAGCUAGUGAACUCAGCUGGUGCUGAGAACAAAAUUGGCUGGGCUUUUGGCCUGGGGUUGGAGAGGCUGGCCAUGAUCUUAUAUGGCAUCCCUGACAUCCGCCUCUUCUGGAGCAAAGACGAGCGCUUCCUGAAACAAUUUGAGGUGCCUCACAUUGACCAAAAGAUAGAAUUCCAGCCUUUCAGCAAAUGUCCUCCUGUUAUCAACGAUAUCUCUUUUUGGAUACCCUCUGAAAAAUACUGUGAAAAUGCCUUCUACGAGAUCAUUCGGACCAUUGGAGGAGACUUGAUAGAAAACGUUGACCUCAUAGAUGUAUAUGUACACCCAAAGACAAAAAGGGUCAGUCAUUGUUACCAGAUCACUUACCGACACUUGGAAAGGACUUUGACUCAGAAGGAAGUGAGCAGCAUUCAUCGUGCCAUUGAGAAAUCAGUUGUACAAGAACUAGGAGUGGAGGGAAGAUUCUGACAUUGUGGCUUUCAAUUCUCUAAUUUUCUUUUAUUUCUUAAACAUUUCUGACUGUUAAAAACUAUUUUCAUUUGUGAAAGCCUUUGGCAAUGAUGUACCAGCUUCAUAAUAAAGAUGAAUAACAUUGCAGUUCCUAUGAAGAUCAAUAAACAUCUUGUUGGGUUUGUUGUA